AUGAAAGAAGAUUUAGUUUUUAAUCUUGAUCAUGGUUAUGCCGAAGGUUUAUGUCGCGGGUUCCGAAGUGGAAUCUUAAAAUCAACUGAUUAUCACAACUUAGUGCAAUGCGAGACACUCGAAGAUUUGAGACUUCACCUUCAAUCAACUGACUAUGGCAAUUUCUUAUCGAAUGAGUCAAAUCCAUUAACGGUCAAUGUUAUCGAUGAUCGUCUACGUGAGAAAAUCGUUCAAGAGUUUCAGCAUUUGAGAAACAUAUCCUAUGAACCAUUGUCUACUUUUUUGGAUUACAUAACAUAUGCAUACAUGAUUGAUAAUAUCGUUCUUUUAAUCACCGGUACACUUCAUCAACGUGCAAUUGGGGAUCUUUUACCACGUUGUCAUCCAUUGGGAAGUUUCGAACAACUUGGAGCAAUAACAGUAGCAGAUACACCAGCUCAACUCUAUACAGCUGUAUUAGUUGAUACACCGUUAGCACCGUAUUUUAUUGAUUGUAUCUCUGAACAUGAUCUAGAUGAGCUGAAUGUGGAAAUCAUUCGAAGCACACUUUAUAAAGCGUAUCUUGAAGAUUUUUACAAUUUUUGCAAAAGCCUCGGUGGUGUAACCGCUGAAGUGAUGUGUGAAAUUCUCGCUUUUGAAGCUGAUCGUCGCGCAUUUAUGAUCACGAUCAAUUCAUUCGAUACCGGUUUGACACAAGAUGAUCGGGCUAAACUUUAUCCAACAUGUGGUCAUUUACAUCCUGAUGGCUUACAGGAAUUACGACGAACAGAUAAUUAUGAAGGCGUUCGAGAUGUUGCUUCUCGUUAUCCGCAAUACAAAGUUUUAUUUGAUGGUUCAGGUACGAACACCGGUGAUAAAACAAUUGAAGAUAGAUUUUUCGAGCAUGAGGUUAAAUUGAACAUGAAUGCAUUCCUUCGUCAAUUUCAUUUCGGAAUUUUCUAUGCGUAUUUGAAAUUAAAAGAACAAGAGAAUCGUAAUAUUAUUUGGAUUGCUGAAUGUAUCUCUCAGAAACAUCGCGCACGAAUUGACAACUACAUUCCAAUCUUUUAA